AGUUAUUUAUACCUUCCUGUGGACGUGUAACAUUUCUGGAGCAGAGGCUGUGUGCCGGGCACUGCCUCCCCAUUUGUCUUUGUGCUCUGUCUGGCUCUGCUUGAUUUUUUUUUUUUUCUUCAUGUUUUCUUUCUUUCCCCUGAACUUUUUUGAUGAAGAAAUGAUGGUUCAUCUGCCUGGUAACCAAAAGUCGAGACACAGGGUAUGGGCAGGUUCCCAGGGGAUGAAGGCAAAAGCAGGCAGAGACUGUGCAAUGUGGUUUUGCCCCUGGCUAGAGCUGGAGCGCUCCCUCCCCAGGGCAAAGCUUGCUGCUGGGGCUUCGGGGCAGAAGCAGGCAGGACUCUCUGCCUGCCAGCAAGGAGCAGAAGCUGAUGUAUAUUGUGCUCUGAGGACCCCAGCCCUGUGCACGACUCUUUCAGCUUUCCCAGAGGUUUUUGGUUUUGGUUUUUUUUGCAUCCCUCCAUCCUGUGAUGGCAAGAGAAGAGCCCGCUACCUGCAGACAACCUGACUUGCUCCAUCCCACACCCAGGCCAGGUAUCGUUGCUGAUCCCUCCUGCCUUACCCCACAAACAUAAAAGCUAGGGAUGGAAAUGAAAGGACAGUAGAAGUGGAUGGAAAUGUGCCAGGAGUGCUGGCGGCAUCGCUCAGAACGUGGAAGCGGAAGGACGCCAAGGACCUUUCUGGGCUGCUCUGGGGACAGCACGAGCAGCUGGUGCACCCGCUGUUCCCUGGGGAGCGUGUGCCACUGCUGCCGGCCUCUCGCCGGCCGGAGACCCCUCCUUGCUACCUGCAGGCAACAGGAUGCUGGGCUGGAUCGACCGUGUGGUUCCCCAGCCCCCAGUGCCCCAUCUGACGGAGGAGACCCCCACGGCCCUGGUGCAGGACCCGGAGCCAGCUCAGGCACCAACGGGAAAGGCUGGUCGCCCCGGGGAUGCUGCUGACCAUGCACGUGCUGACGAAAUGGAAAAGAAGGUGGGAUUUGUGGUCCCUGAGGACCCGGGCUCUGUGUUUGAGAGCGUGGGGAGCAGCGUGCUCUCCUGGCUCUCCCAGGGGCUGGAGAAGGUGAUUCCCCAGCCGGUCCCAGCCCCAGGGAAGCUGCAGGCGCUUGGGAAGAGCUUCGAGACAAGCAUCGACGUUCCCGAUCAGACGGAGGUCCAGAUCCUCAGGGAUGAGGACGAGGAUGCUCUAGAGAUAACCCCCUUCGAUCCAGAGGAGGACGAGCUGGAUGACUGUGACCCCGAGGCCGGCUCUGAUACUGGCACAGAGGAUUGGGCAGGAGCACGGGUGCUCAGCUGGCUGGCGCAGGGCUUUGAGAGGAUGGUGCCGCAGCCGGAGAUGCUGAAAAAGCCGGAGCUGAAGCUGAAAGAGCAGAAGUGCGAAGCUGCGGUGGGAGGCACAAAAGGGACUAAAAGCCAGGCAAAGUCAAAAAGCAAUGUUUUGGCUGCCCAGAGCGUCCCGGGAGCGGUGGAGCCGGUGGCCACCCUCGUCCCUCGGUCUCUGGCUGGGGACGGCAGCAGGAUGUUUGCCUGGUUUGUCCAGGGGCUGGAGAAGGUGAUGCCGCAGCCGGUGACCAGGGAGAAGCAGGACGCACAGGGAGCGGCUGCAGCAACCUCGAGUCCCGUGGAAGAAAUUCGUGUUGUCCCUGGGGAACCCGAGGAGACUGACCUCAUCCUGGAAGACAUCGAUGAUGAGUGGAUUAACGAAGCCACAUGCGAGAUGAUGGCCUGGGGUCGCGAGGCUGAGCUGGUGGCAGAUGCUCAUCCCCUUCCUCCCAUACAGGAGGAACCUCAGGAAGAAGAAAACAGGCUAUGGCUGUGCUCCCUGAGUGCUGCUGAGGAGGAGGAGAAGGAGGAAGAGGAAAAGGAAGAGGAGGAGGGGGAGGAAGUGGAGGAGGAGAAGAAGGAGGAGGAGGAAGUGGAGGAGAGCGUGAGAGCCCUGCUCCGGUCGUCUUGUCUCACCGCUGACGAGGGUGUGGAUGAAGUCUACUUUGCAGAGGAGGCCCUCAGGUUUGAGCAGCUGGAAGAAGCUGAGAUAAGUGAUCUCGAAGGUGCUUUUGUACAGGUGGAAGAGGAGACAGCUGAAGCUGCUGAAACUGAUGCUGAAGGUGAUUACCCCACCGUGGACAUCAAGGAUGUGGACAGCGGAGGCGAUGCUGCAGAGAACGGCAGUACCCACUUACCGGUGCCCAGCGCCGGCACUCCCAACACGCUGUCAGUGCCUGGCGCGGCGCCGGCGUCCCCCAGGAGGAAGCUGCUGGCCCCAGCAGAUGGUCUGGAUGAGGGACCGCUGAGCCAGUCGUCCACCCGAGCGCUGCUGGGCUGCGAUGAGGAGCAGAGGGAAAGCCUGCCCGGGCGCAUCGGUUCAGCCACGAGCCUGAGCAGUGCCGUCAUCAACAACCGGCUCCAGGAGCUGGUGAAGCUCUUCAAAGAGAGGACCGAGAAGGUGAAGGAGAAGCUAACGGACCCCGAUGUCACCUCGGAUGAUGAGAGCCCUGCAGCAUCCCCUGCCAAGCCGGCGCCGGCAGCAGCACCGGUGCCUCCUCCCGGGGGGGAGCCGGAGGGGGACAAGCUGGCGGGGGACGAGCACUACUGUGAGAUGCUGUGCUGCGCGUUCAAGUACCGGCCGUGGCUGGACCGUCUGAAAAACUACCAGUUCCCCAGCAGCAUCGACCCGCUCACCAAUCUGAUGUACGUGCUGUGGCUGUUCUUCGUUGUCAUGGCCUGGAACUGGAACUGCUGGCUGAUCCCCGUCCGCUGGGCUUUUCCCUACCAGACACCGGCAAACAUCCACUGCUGGCUGCUCGUGGACUACCUCUGUGACCUCAUCUAUCUGCUGGACAUCCUCAUCUUUCAGACCCGGCUGCAGUUUGUCCGGGGGGGAGACAUAAUAACCGAUAAAAAGGCCAUGAAAGAGAACUACCUGCGAUCACAACGCUUUAAGAUGGACGUAGUGUGCCUCCUGCCCCUGGAUUUCUUCUACUUCAAAGUUGGUGUCAACCCCCUCCUGCGCUUUCCUCGCUGUCUGAAGUACAUGGCCUUCUUCGAGUUCAACAACCGCCUGGAGGCUAUCCUGAGCAAGGCGUACAUCUACAGAGUGAUUCGGACCACCGCCUAUUUACUGUACAGCUUGCACGUGAACUCCUGCCUCUAUUACUGGGCAUCAGCCUAUGAAGGACUGGGCUCUACCACCUGGGUCUACGAUGGGGAAGGAAACAGCUAUAUCCGCUGCUACUACUGGGCAGUCAAAACCCUCAUCACCAUCGGGGGCCUGCCGGACCCCAAGACGCUGUUCGAGAUCGUCUUCCAGCUGCUGAACUACUUCACGGGUGUCUUUGCUUUCUCCGUCAUGAUAGGGCAGAUGAGAGACGUGGUCGGCGCUGCUACCGCAGGGCAAACUUACUAUCGGAGCUGCAUGGACAGUACCAUUAAAUACAUGAACUUCUACAAAAUCCCCAAAACUGUUCAGAACCGGGUGAAAACGUGGUACGAGUACACGUGGCACUCACAAGGCAUGCUAGAUGAGUCAGAGCUGCUGGUGCAGCUGCCGGACAAGAUGCGGCUGGACAUCGCCAUCGACGUGAACUACAACAUCGUGAGCAAAGUGGCCCUCUUCCAGGGCUGCGACAGGCAGAUGAUCUUCGACAUGCUGAAGCGGCUCAGAUCGGUGGUCUACCUGCCUAAUGACUACGUGUGUAAGAAGGGGGAAAUCGGCCGCGAGAUGUACAUUAUUCAGGCGGGACAAGUGCAGGUGCUGGGGGGACCUGACGGCAAAACUGUGCUGGUGACUCUGAAACCCGGAUCUGUGUUUGGAGAAAUAAGCUUGCUGGCAGCAGGAGGGGGAAAUCGCCGGACGGCAAAUGUCAUAGCUCAUGGCUUCGCUAACCUCUUCAUUUUGGAUAAGAAGGACUUGAACGAGAUUUUGGUGCAUUAUCCGGAGUCUCAGAAGCUGCUGCGUAAAAAGGCCAAGAAAAUGCUGAAAAACAACAAUAAACCCAAAGGUGAGAAAGGAGCACCUGGAGACCCGCUGAUCAUCCCCCCAAAAGCUGACACCCCAAAGCUCUUCCAGGCUGCUCUGGCCGCCACGGGGAGGAUGGGGGGCAAAGGGCCGCUGGCGCAGCUCCGCUGGAGGCUGAAGGAGCUGAAGGCGAUGCAGGCGACGCAGGCGACACAGGGUUCCGACUUCAGUCCGAUCCCACCGAAAUCACCAGUGCACCAGAGAUCACCUGUCACCUCCCACAAAGCACGCACCCACCUGGGAGAAGAAAUAUUCUCAAAAUCUUCUGAUAGCUUAGUCACCAUUCGUGUGAUUUCUACAGCACAAGAGGAUGAAGAAAUCCUUGCUGCUGAGAUUUCGGAGAAAGAAGAAGAAGAAAAAGAAGAGAAAUGAAAAACCAGCAGGUCCUGGGGCAGGAGUAGGAGUCAAGUAAAUGCCUGGGGUGUAAGCUUUUUGUCGUUAAUGAUUUCCACGCAGUGGCCGUAGGCUUCGCUAAGUGCUGCAGGUAGGAUCUACCUUUCUUUUCUGCCUAGAUGUUCAGUCAUUGUUGAUAAAACCAUACGACCCAGAACCAUACAAGGUUUCCACGCUCUGGAGAUCUAUUUUUAUUGAGCAUCUCUAUGAAUAUUCCCACUAAAUCUCAGGCCAGCCCUCUUGCCUCAAAAUCCAGCCUUAUGGAGACGGAGCCCUGAAGAAAUUGCUUUUUAUGGCUCUGGAUGGUUAAUGAGUGUUCAGAUAAAGCGUGAAGAGUUAUUCACCUCUGACAGCUGAGUCACUGCUUGGCCAGAAACAACCAGGGGAAAAAAAAACAAUGAGGUUUCUCUGUUGGACUCAAGGUUGUCAGCAGCGGCCGGAGAGUGAUUCACCCAAAAAGCAUGUGAACUAUGCUCAUAAGCUGAGCACACACCGAAUCACGCUGUCACAAGAAGGCCAAGGUCCAUCCCGGUGUGCAUAAACUGCAAGAUGCUCGCGGGUCUCUGCAUGGUGCCAAGACCACCUUGGGUUUGCCACUGGGAAGAGGAGUUCCUGCCAGCCGUCCACCUCGGGGAGGUGGUGGGCUGUCCAUCGCUGGUGGCUGUUAUGAUGAGAUUUGAUGAGCAUCUUUCAGGGAUGGAGAAACACAAUCCUGAAUGAGAUGUUCCUGGAGAUCCCUUCCAGCCCUGGGUUUCCAUGGGUGCACCGGCCUGCUGCUGCUGGGAGGGAUAAACCGAGUGCAGGAAGGAAGAAGCCGUGCUGGUUUCCAGCUGGGAUGGGAAAGGGAAACACAGGAAGUGCUCUCCUCUCCCAGCCUGUGUUCGGAGUCAGCUCAGAGCCCGUAGCGCGCAAGUGAGCAUGCACAAGCGUGCACGAGCCUCUUCUGUGGUCGUUGCUGGACCUCAGUGACCUGCCACAUUUCCAGCAGCCAACUUCCAGCUCCUUUCGGUCACUUGGUUGGCUCUUGGCCACGUUUCCCAUGGAGCAGCCGCUCUGGUCUUGCUCAUCACUGCAACAGGGCACUUGUGAAGGCGCUCUCCCAACCUGGGACCGGGUGCUGGACAGGAAGGCGAGCACCUGGUCAGCAGCCAGCACGCCCAGCUAAUGAGUCGAGGUGUCCAAUCUUGCUCCAGCACCACCAGUUCCUCAUCUUCCUCAAACCCAGCACCAACUGGAGAGAGCUGCUGGUGAGCCAAGAGGUGGUGAGAAGUGGUGGGCGAGAUGGUGCCAGGUGAGACAACGCAGAUCCUCCCCAAGGUUUCGGCUGGCCAAGUCUCUGCGGCACUGCUGGCUCCGUUGAGAGGAGCCGGUUUCCAUCCUCCGGAGGAAAAGCUGGGGCAGGUUUUGCCGCAGGGAGCAGCCCCGACGCCACGGCUGAGGGACUUUCCGGGUGUUCAGCAAAUUCUGCGAGCAGUGCUGCAGGUUUCACAGGUCUGGCCAUGAGACGGCCGGGCUGCUCACGAAGGGUGUCAGCACCGGCAUCGCCCCCCGCGCGUGGGCGAUCCCUCUUCCCAUCAGCAGCCAGGGGCUGAUCUUCACCUCCCACGGGGUCUCCUUAUUUUACGGAGGUUUUUUUUCCCCCCUCUCUUGCAAAAUAAAUGGUUUUCUGUGGUGGAAAAAGCCAGAAUAUAUGUUAGUGUUAAUUAAUGAUGGCUUGCUCUCUUUUAAACAAAUCUAACAAGCUCCAAUAUACCGCAAGAGGGUCUGAGGCUACCACUGCCCUUAACAUUGCAGAGGAAAACAUGGACUCACCCAAACCUUCAUAAAUAUUUCUUGUCCUCACUCAUUCGCAAGUGGUUUCCUGCUGGGUAGAAGGUUUCAGUGCAGAGUGCAAAGUAUUUUUUUUCACUAUAUAAAUAUUUAUAUAAUCAAACCAGGAAACGUGCAAAAGUCAAACAGGGGUUUUGAUUUGCUGCUACAAUUUGAUAUGGUUUAGAAAAAGAGUUUAAAUAAAUAGUCGGCUGUGACGGCUUUCAUAAUUCACCAUAUCUACAAUAAACA